AUGCAUAAACGUGCCACCGUCUCAGAACCACGCAAAUAUAUGCGCGUAUGCGCACCACAACUCUGCAAAAGAAGCAGCAGCAGCAGCACAGGGAAGAGUAGCCUGUAUCCCGGCGUGCGCAUCGUCAUCUCCCAAGCAUCACCAUCCCGGGCCUAUCACCAAAAUCAACAACUUAAACCCACUCAAAGCACCAACCCACCCCCAACAACCAUCCCCACAACCCCCACCACCAUCCCCAGCACCCCACCACACCCCAUCACCCCGGCCCUCCCCGCACUACUAGCCGAACUCGCAGCAGAACUAGCCGAACUCGCAGCAGAACUCGCUCCACUCGCCAAUGAACUUAUGGCCGAACUGGCACCGCUGGCUAGGGAGCUCGCACCGGAGCUGGCGACACUGGCUACGGAGGAAGCGGCGGAGGAGGCUGAUGAGGCGAUGGAUGAGGCGCCGGAGGAUGCGCCGGAUACGAUGGAGGAGGCGGAUGAGGCGCCGGAGGAUGCACCGGAUGAGGCGGAGGCAGAAGAUGCGCCGGAGGAGGCGGAUGCGGAGGAGGGAGAGGUGGCGGUGGUGGAUGAGCUGGAGGCGGUUGCGGUUGCGGUAGCGGAGCCAGAUCCAGAUGAACCUGAAAUUUGA